CCACAUGCUUUCCUUACACGCUCCGCCAUAACUCACGGCGUUGCUUACUCCUCGCGUCCCUCGACCUAUCACAAGUCACGUUAUUCUUCCCUUGGCGGGUUAUUCAGAGCUUCUUGCGUAUCUCACGGCUUUGACCUAGUCGCGGAAACUUCCGGCUUGCCUUGCUGGUGCAGUGGCCUCUAAGCUCUGCUGCCUAAGCGACAGUCUGGGACGGCCUUGGGUGUAGCACGUUAAGAAAGCGCUCAGAAGCUUCGAGAGGCGUGUUUCGAUUCGCUGCGUCUGGUCUUUAAGACGCGUUCUUUCGAAGACUGCCGCGAAAAGAAUACCCGGAAAAUACUUUUUGCAGCUGCACGCGUGUCGCCGUCGCUCCGCUUCAGCUCCUGAUGCCAAAGAUUAAGACGAACCGCGUUAAAUACCCGGAGGGAUGGGAGCUGAUAGAGCCCACGUUGAGAGAGCUAGAGCAGAAGAUGCGAGAAGCGGAGAGCGACACACACGAGGGCAAGCGCAAGUGCGAGGCGCUGUGGCCGAUCUUCAAGAUCUCGCACCAGAAGAGCCGCUACAUCUACGACCUCUACUACCGGCGCAAGGCCAUCAGCAAGGAGCUCUACGACUUCUGCAUCGAGCAGAAGCACGCCGAUGCCAGCCUCAUUGCCAAGUGGAAGAAGCCGGGGUUUGAGCGGCUGUGCUGUGUGCGGUGCAUGCAGCCCAAGGACCACAACUUCGGCACCACUUGUGUGUGCCGGGUGCCCAAGCACCUACGGGAGGAGAAGGUGAUCGAGUGCAUACACUGUGGGUGCAGGGGGUGUGCCAGCGGGGAUAGCUGAUGCUUAUGGCCGGCUGGGAAGGGGUAAUGGGGUGGAAGGGGGCACCAGAGGGAGAAGAAGGUGGCUGAGUGCAAACACUGCGGGUGCAGGGGGUGUGCCAGCGGGGAUAGCUGAUGCUUAUGGCCAGCUGGGAAGGGGUAAUGGGGUGUAAGGGGGCACCAGAGGGAGAAGAAGGUGGCUGAGUGCAUACACUGCUGGUGCAGGGGGUGCACGAGUGGGGAUAGCUGAUGCUUGUGGGGGGUGAGUUGAGAGAGAGAGAGAGCAGGUACAGGGGAGGGAGCCCUAAAGGGGAAGAAAUUGAUCGGGUGCAUGCACGGCGGGUGCAACUGUCUGCGAGUGGAUAAACCGGUACCUGAUACUGCAGCACAGGUCUCGAGGGGAGAAUUGUCCAUAAUAAAAGUUGCUUGACAAGCUUAAUUGAUUGGUACCGUAUUCCCCCGGAUAAUGGACCCCCCCGGUAAGAAAGUUCAUGGGUUCUUUACCCGGGGGUGGGAUCAUUCAUUUUGGCAGACCUCGUGAGGACCCGCUUUUUGGCAUUUAACAUUUCAAGACCCCCCAGCUUUGUUUUCGUGCAAGUUUUACUGAAAUGAAGCGAUACAUGAAAUCAGGGAUGGCAGACUCACUGUAACUGUGCCUUCGUUCUUGCAGCAGGGGUGAUGGAAGUCAAAAUGCCAUCGCGUCACGUCAACACGCGAAAAUUUGCAGCCGUCGCUGCUGGAAAUUUGACGCGUGUCAUUCAGGUGACACGGAAAAAUGACGAUAAGAGGGUUCUGUUUCCGCGGUAAAAAUAUAACUCCCUAUGUAGAAAGGUUGUACAUCCAUAACAAUAGACACUCAAGUGUAAAAUACGUGAACAUGGUGUCACGAGAGCUAGGUAGCUAGGAAGCCAUGUGUUGGGCUGAG